AUUUUCCGGGAGCUGAACCAAGCAGCCGAUGGUCUUUAUCGCAGACUCGACAGCCUCUUCACCGUGAAAGACAUGGAUGCCUUGCCGUUCACUGACCACUCCCGUGAGGUGAACCUGGACAACUUCAGCGGCGCCGGCGUCUACAUGGAAAUUCGACAGCACCAUCUCCUCCCCUUCAGCUUCCAAGAGAGUCAACGUGGUGUGUGGGACAGUCGCUCUCGCUUCGCCAUGUCCAGCAUGAACGAGGUGGGAGACUUGAAGGCUCAGAUAACUCACCACCCGCAAUACUCGGACACGGAAGACGAUACACUGCGAACGAGCUUCGUUGCCGUGGUGACUGGUGUUGCCGGCCUCGCUGGAUCUUACCUGCGGAAAGUGGUGCGACGACACACGAGCGAAGACCGCGCUGUCUUCAUUUUCCGGCUGCUCUCAGAGACGAUGCUC